CGCCCUGUGCGUCACUAUGCUGAGGAGUCCAAGUGAAGACGCUCCAUUCUGCUGCUGCCUUCACUUCAUCGUUCCCUGCAUCGCUGGCGUCGCCUCCCUCAGUCCACAGCCACGGAAACUCAGCGGAAACAUGUUCAUUACCUCUGCGCGGACUAUUUCACAACUUUCAGUGUGCUGACCUGACGCACCGAGGACGGACGUCCUUCACCGCAGACUUGCCUCUAAAAUGGCCGAGCAGAACCACAGCUGUCAUUACAAUGAGUCCAUGGGCUUCUUCUACAACAACAGUGGCGCUGAUGACAAAUGGGACAAGACGCAGCUCAUUCUGGUGCAGGUGGUGGGCUCGCUCUUCUGUUGUUUCAUCCUCGUCUCCAACGCCAUGGUCGUGGCUGCUGUCAUCACCAACAAGAGGUUUCACUACCCUUUCUACUACCUUCUGUCCAACCUGGCUGCCUCCGACUUUCUGGCAGGCAUAGCAUACGUGUACCUCAUGUUUAACACGGGGGAGAUGUCGCGGAGGCUGACGGUGAAGGAAUACUUUAUCCGCCAGGGUUUGCUGGACAUCAGUCUCUCAGCCUCGCUGUCUAACUUGCUGGUUAUAGCUCUGGAGCGCUACAUCUCCGUCAUGAACUGGAAGGUCCACAGUAACCUGACAAAGAGGAGGGUGACCCUGCUCAUUGUGCUCGUGUGGGCCAUCUCCAUCUUCAUGGGGGCCGUGCCCAGUCUGGGCUGGAACUGCAUCUGCAACGUGAGUGACUGCUCCCAGCUGGCCCCCAUCUUCAGCAGGAGCUACCUGAUCUUCUGGUCCAUGUCUAACCUGGUGGUGUUUCUCGUCAUGGUGGCCAUCUACAUGCGGAUCUACACCUACGUCAAGAAGAAGACCAUGAUGCUCACGCCGCACACCAGCGGCUCCAUCAACCGCAAGAGGACACCCAUUAAACUCAUCAAGACGGUUAUGGUCGUACUCGGGGCCUUUGUGAUCUGCUGGACCCCCGGCCUGGUUGUUCUGCUGCUCGAUGGCCUCAACUGCAAGAGCUGUAAAGUCAUGAAAUUGAAGCGCUGGCUGCUGCUCCUGGCCGUACUCAACUCCGUCAUGAACCCCUGCAUCUACUCCUACAAGGACGAGGAAAUGUGGACAACCUUUAAGAACCUCAUGCGCUGCAUUGGAAAUGGCACCCGGCGGCAGCGGUCAACGAAGGCCAACACCAGGCCGCUCAGCUCUGCUCAGGAUACGGGCAACAGUCAGCCACCGUCAGAGGAGAUGAAGAGCGAUGAUCAGGGCAUACUCAAGACCUGAAGAGGAAUUUAGCAGAACUCGUGCCCAGCUUUGACUGGAUGUACCUUAUGAAGAUACAGAUUGGAGAAGACUUGAAAGAGAGACGACACGCCUUGUCUUCAUUGUUGACCUCAGCUUCAGCGUACUGUCUUGAUGAGACACUGUGAGCCAUCAGCUCCAGAUUAGAUCCGAGGUUAUGGCGAGAUGGAGAUAAGAGACCUUGAUGCACUACUAACAAUGAGUAGGAAAAAAACUCCCAAGGAGACGCUUUUUUAUUGUUUAUUUCAUAAUUUCGUCGUUUUUGAACACGUGUAGUGAGCGAAUGCUGAUGCUGUUUUAGUCUCCAUCAUCAUCAUCAUCAUCACAUGGAUGAUACUGUGCUCCUGUGACUGAAGACAGAGCUCAGUGUGAGAGUACAUGGCCAUACAUUUCCUCUUUUAUCUCAGAAAGAGUCAAAAUCAUCCAAAUGAGUUAUUUUCCCCCUUAUGCAUGUUUUUCUUUACUUUAACAGAGGAACUAGUCUAUCUGUGCGUUAGCUGGCAUGCUCAGUGAAACCUGUUCCUUUGGCUAUUUCUUUUCUUUUUUUAAUCAUAGCUACCUAUUUUUGUAAGGCAGUUUUGCUUCUGGGGGAAUGAUAACGGCAUCACUCCUCUCUUCACCCAUCUUCUAUUUUAUCUGCUCACAAACAGAACAAACAGAUAAACGGACACUUCUAGCAGUUUGUCAUGCAGGCAAACACGUUUACCCUGUAGCCUUGUUACACAUCCACCUCGUCCCAGCUCACUGGCUGCUGUUGCUCUGAGGAAACAGCUGCUCACCUGAGAGUGUGUGCAUGUGUGUGUGUGUGUGUGUGUGUGUGUGUGUGUGUGUGAUUGUGAGUGUUAUGAGGGGGGAUUUACGACACACUGGAUUCCUGCUGGAAGUUGAGCAUACACUGUGUACAUGCAGCAACCCUAAGAGGAUAUGACUGAAUGCCACUCCUUCUGUGACAUCAUUAAAGCUAUUUUUUUUUUUUUUUUUUGGGGGGGGGGGGGAGUGUAGGAAUGCCACAUAUGUGAGUGUUGUGUAGAAAAGGUUUACAGCUUUAGUGGUUUGUCUUCAUUGAACUUUGCUUAUUCUUGGUGAAUGCUUGUGCCGUGCGACCUUUGUAACAUGACUGUCAGACGUGUACAUUUGUAAAAAGUCAACUGGCCGUGAUAAACAACAGCUUUUGCUUCAUGACUUGGAUUUAGUUUUUGGUCAAAUGUCAUGAUAAUGUGUACAGUAUGUCUGUUUUGUCAUGACAUGACAGAGAGAGAGAGAGAGAGAGCAGUAAGUUCCAGUACCAGUGACUUUUACUCAUACAAACAUCAGUUUUAAUGUGAUUCUCUCACUUUCCCACAUGUAUUGAAUAACUGUUGUUCUUCUAUGUUUUAAAAACACAGUAUAGUCAUUUUCCCCCCCAGAGGUUGCUUCAUUUAUUAGACCCUUGGCAGCUGUAGGACCAGUGUUGUCCCUUGGUUGACCAGACCACCACAGUGGUGUAGUCUGAUAAAGCUCCACAACUGUUAAUGAUGGUAUUUGUCAUUAAAUUGUGUGAAGAGAUUCACAGUCACCAGAGAAUAAACCCACGGAUGAAAGCAUCUCCUAAUGUUUCAUUUAACUGAGUUGAUUCAUUCGGGGGAAAAAGCUUGGCUCUUCUCUCCAGUGCCGCCACGUGUUUGCCAUACAUUCUUUAAAUAAAAUGUCGCAAAAACUUUUAAAUUGAUCGGCAUAAAUUCUGGCACAAAUGUUCAUGAUCGGCUUAGCAUAAUGACAUAUUUGCUCCUUUCAGUAGCUUCACUUUUAGGUUUACGACUAAAAACCUGUGAAAGAAUUCAUUAUAAGAACUUGAACUUGUCUCUAGCCUUUGAAAAUGUCGUACCCGCCAUAAUGACCCAGCCAAACCAUCCUGUUUGAUUCAGUCAGAUUUAAAUAGAAUAGCUGUCACUUACUGAUAUUAACUGCUCUAUAGGAUAACAUAGGACAACUGCACAUGCUAUAUUUAACUGUAUUUAACUAUAUUUAACCUAGUAAAGUCUCAUUGAGAUUAAAAUAUAUUUUACAAGAGGGGAUCUGGCCGAGGUGACAGUGUAACACAUUUUAUACAAACUUAUACACUGUAAAAGAAAUACAAUACACAGUAUCCUGUCAAUGUAUUAAAUGAAAGCACAUUAUCACAAAGUGACUCGGAGAACAUUUACCAUAACCGAUGAUUAUUAAUAUAAAUUCCCUGAAAGUUCACUUCUAACACUGGGGAGCGACAUUUGCAUGUAUUUGUCGUCAGCUUCGGAAACCGUUGCAGUUUAGAUAUAAGUGCACUAACAUAAUUGGACGCUCAUCGUCCAAAUCAUUGUCUGAAACUCCUGUUACAUGAUUUGCACUACAGUCCGUCGAUGAAGUACCACUGCCUGAGACUUGUGACGCCCUACAGCUGCCACUUCUGGAGGAUUUACUCUGUCCAAGCCAAUUAAUGAAUGACCUUUAGUUUCCAUUCACUCACUCAGUCUCCUGUUGCCCAAAGACCCAGUAAAAUAAAUAACUCUUGAGUUUGUGUGUGUGUGUGAGAGAGAGAGAGGGGGGUGUGUUCCAAUUAGAGUGAAAAAUACUUAUCAGUAAGUACACACACACACACUCUCUCUCUUGAACACUGCUAUGUCUAAAACACAGUAAACGGACACCAUUUGAAUUACCCUGUAAAAUACAUGUAUACUUUAUAAACAAUAUAAUAUUUGCAUCUAGAUGUAAAUGAGUGUGAGUGAGUGUAACAGUCUACAUACUGAAAACAUACCUUAGUUCCUCUGCCCUUCCCAUGAAGCCUUUGAAUCCUGUUGAAGUCACAACCUUGUAUUUACUCACAUUGACUACAGUAUGACUAUAUGCACGGGAAGAUAUAAUCAAUAAAAUUCUUCAGAUUCUUAAACUAAAUCAGGUGUCAAAAUAAGUCACAAGGAGUGUAUGGUGGUGAGUCUGACAAGAUUUUUCAUGUGAAAUAUUUAUUUUUCUUCCAUUCACAAUAAUAGAAAUUCACCAUGAUUAACUUGAAGUGCUUUGUAUCCCGAUAAUAUCCUAUAGUGUUCCAUCACGACUGCAUGACUUUUCAUUUUCCCCGUCUAACUUCCACCGUGUCCUCCUCGAUCCAACAUCUACGUUAAAAUGCUUUCUACCAAGCUCACAUUAUACACAUGACGCAGCAAUAGAAGAAAAGGUUCAACACUGUACAUUUAUCAAAAAUAAAAUGACUCAGGAUGUUAA